AUGGCCGAUCAAGUGGAAAGGAAGAAGUCUUACAGAUGGGUGAGUGCAUCCCACGUUAACUACGAUGGAGCAGACUGGGAUACGGACAGUGGAAGCGACCUUGAAAGUAAUGAUCCCCGGAAUGCUAAGCCAUCAACAAUAGCCGAGCCGCUUCCAACAUUGCCUGAACAGAAUGGUAGUCGGCAAGACCAUGUGGAUGUUGAAACACAGAAGGAACACAAAGCUCCUUCAACACCGCAUUUGCAAAACAGCCUCGGAGGUAACCCAGAACACGAUGCCCAAGAUGGUACGAGGCUGAAGGAAACACCAAUGAUGGCCAACAUUGUGUCACCGAGCAUGCAGUCAUCAUCGCCCCUAAUGAGCACACCGAAUCUCAAUGUCAGUAGUUCCAAAAUGUCCAGUGGCAAGAAGUCGCCGAGUAGGAGCAUCAACCAUGAUUUGGAUAAUUUGAUGAAGCAGAUAUCCAAAGAGAUGACACCAUUGUUGCCAUCGAAAGAAAAAUUUAAUGACCAAAGUAGCGUUUCUAAUGAUUCGCUGCAUGAUGACCCUGAAAUUUUCACCAGCGCAAGAGCUACUCAAAGUCCUUUCCAGCAUCCAGACAAUAUUCAAAGAAGCUCUGGGCCAACGGAUGUUGAACAAGACGUGCCGCGAAAUCAGCACAGUAGCAUCGGGCAACAAAGUUUAAACUCCUCUACCUCGAAAAGUGAUGGAGAUGAGGAAAGCCUCAGGGUGUCAAAGAACGGCUACUUUGAGGAAUACAUGGACUCGGAUCAUAGUGGGUCAGACGAUGAUGCUCAGGAUGAUGAUUCUGUGAUAUCUGUGGAAGAGCACAAUGAGCAAAUAAAUAUAAAUGGAGACGACAGCUUAAGUACAAAAAACAGUCAUCAGGGGGGAGCAAAUCAAAUCCAAGAUACCGUUGAGGACGCAUCAACUUUCCAAAAUCCUGAUUUAGAAGUAGAUGAGAAGAUUAGUCAAGAGGAAAAUAAAGCCAUGCAUUAUACAAACCAAGUAGCAAAUCAAGGUGAAGAGCAACAAGAUACAACUGAGAAGACCCCCGUGCCUUUACAACUGUCAGAGCAUAACAACUAUUCUGAACUGAGUAUACCUGAUACGAUAUCUUCCCAUGAUCAUUCUUCAGAUGAAUUGCAGAGCAAUGGAGAAGAGGAGCAAGUUUUACCGGAACACUCGCAGCAGCAUGACGACAGGUCACAUCAUCAAGACACUGAAUCCAAUGUUACCAACAUGUAUGAUGACGAUACGCUUUCGUUUACCCAGUCUGUUGGGUACGAACAAGAGUCUGCCAUACUUCCUGAGGUAGAAGAGAACGCAGAUUUCAAGUUUAGCAAUAAAGAACAUCGUACAUCAAUCAUUGAAUCUAGUGAAGACGAUGAUUAUCAUCAAAACAUCAAGGAUGCAGGUCAUGCCACGGAUAAUGGCAGCGAUGGAUCUUCGAUAAAAGUUUCAAAGAAUGGGUAUUUUUCCGAGAUGUUUGAUUAUGAUCAAAACGACCGUGAUAUUGAAGGAAAUAAGCAUACUGAGCAAACAAACAAUGUAGAUACUGACACUCUGUCUGGUAUUGGAGGAAAUUUGGCAGAAAAUAGCCCUGAUCGCUCCGAGACAUCAAUGAAGCAAAAAGACACCAAUGUGAUAGAUCGCGGAGAUGCAGAGAUAGACGAUGGAUCCGUUCCUUCUGAACACGCUGAUAUUGAUGGUAACACGACUGAUGAAGAUACUAACGACAUGACCACCUCGAGGAAAUCUGUCAACAUGGGAAAAUGGAAACCGGACACGGAUUCCUUGAGAAAUGAUUUUGUUCAAGAGACCGCCAAAAAGGCUGUUCCUGAGGGCUUUGUUUUGGACAAAGAUGGCAAAUUAGUAGACUUGACCCCAUCGAGCAUGAAACCAAGAGUAGUUUCUACUUACUCUGAGAUUGAGAGCGGCUGGAACGUGUUUCCAUCUCAGACUGGGGAAAAUGAUGAUCUCGAAACCAUCAAGGAUACUAAAACCCUUUAUGAUAAUAGUACUAUCUACAAUGUUCCUGGUCUAAUAGCCAAGAACCAAAAUCUACCGCCUCUGCCUGAGAAAAUGAUGCCAACCCAAGAAGAGGUAGACGAUGACUACAAGCCGUCAAUGUCGCUUGUGGCUUCUGCACCAAGUCACCUCAAUGAGGAUGGCUUGGGUAUUUCACAGCCCAACUCCAAGGAUACCGCGAAGGCGACCUCGAACGCAGAAAAUAUGCCGAAAUUGGAUACAUGUAAGAUACUCUUGGCCAAAACGUCUAACAAAACAAAGUAUACACAAUUGAACGAGUAUAGCCAAGCCCUAUCUGAAUAUGACUCCGGUAUACAAACAUGGAUUAGCUUCUCUCUGAAGUCCACUUCGAAUAGUGAUAAGGACUAUUUGUUCCAAAACUACAAACAAAAUAAGCAUGUUAAAGAGGCAUACGCUAAAGCAGACGAUAUUAGUAAAAAAUACACAGUUAGCAAUACAGUAGCCAGUGUAAAUCAGAACGUUAAUCAAAUUAGGAAAAAGGUGUUUCAUCAUGGUAUCAAACCCAAAUCAUUGUUCAGCACAAUUAGUAAAGGAGUUAAAUUGUAG